UCUUGUUGGUAUGUGUAGCGGCAGUGGCCGCCGGCCGAGCAGUCUGAGCCCGACGAUGAGGCCGGGAACUGGAGCCGAGCGUGGAGGCCUCAUGGUGAGAGAAAUGGAGAACUUGCGUCCCUCGCGGGGUCCGGGGUGCGAGGAGGGACGGUGGUCCGGGUCCCACCUCCGCUGCAGCUCUGAGGUGUCUGCCGACGGCUUCCUCGGGCGACAGGCCUCGAUGGGCCACCCUGGCAUGCAUUAUGCCCCAAUGGGAAUGCACCCUAUGGGUCAGAGAGCAAAUAUGCCUCCUGUACCUCAUGGAAUGAUGCCACAGAUGAUGCCCCCCAUGGGAGGGCCGCCAAUGGGACAAAUGCCUGGAAUGAUGUCUUCAGUAAUGCCUGGCAUGAUGAUGUCCCAUAUGUCACAGGCUUCCAUGCAGCCUGCUUUACCGCCAGGAGUAAAUAGUAUGGAUGUAGCAGCAGGUGCAACAUCUGGCGCAAAAUCAAUGUGGACUGAACAUAAAUCACCUGAUGGAAGGACUUACUACUAUAAUACUGAAACAAAACAGUCUACCUGGGAGAAACCAGAUGAUCUUAAGACACCUGCUGAGCAACUAUUAUCUAAAUGCCCCUGGAAGGAAUACAAAUCUGAUUCUGGAAAGCCUUACUAUUACAAUUCUCAAACAAAGGAAUCCCGCUGGGCCAAACCCAAAGAACUUGAGGAUCUUGAAGGAUACCAGAAUACCAUUGUUGCUGGAGGUCUUAUUACAAAAUCAAACCUGCAUGCAAUGAUCAAAGCUGAAGAAAGCAGUAAGCAAGAAGAGUGCACCACAACAUCAGCAGCCCCGGUUCCUACAACAGAAAUUCCAACUACAAUGAGUACCAUGGCUGCUGCAGAAGCAGCAGCUGCUGUUGUUGCUGCAGCAGCCGCAGCAGCAGCAGCUGCUGCAGCAGCCAAUGCCAAUUCUUCCACUUCUACUUCUAAUACUGUGGGUGGAACUGUUCCAGCUGUUCCUGAGCCUGAAGUUACUUCCAUUGUUGCUACUGUUGUAGAUAAUGAAAGUACUGUAACCAUUUCAACUGAGGAACAAGCACAACUUGCUAGUACCCCUGCUGUUCAGGAUCAGAGUGUUGAAGUAUCCAGUAAUACUGGAGAAGAAACAUCUAAGCAGGAAACUGUAGCUGAUUUUACUCCCAAAAAAGAAGAGGAUGAAAAUCAACCAGCAAAAAAAACAUAUACUUGGAACACAAAAGAGGAGGCGAAGCAAGCAUUUAAAGAAUUAUUGAAAGAAAAGCGGGUACCAUCAAAUGCUUCCUGGGAACAAGCUAUGAAAAUGAUCAUUAAUGAUCCACGAUACAGUGCUUUGGCAAAAUUGAGUGAAAAAAAGCAGGCAUUUAAUGCCUAUAAAGUCCAGACAGAAAAAGAGGAAAAAGAAGAAGCAAGAUCAAAAUACAAAGAGGCUAAGGAGUCCUUUCAGCGUUUCCUUGAAAAUCAUGAUAAAAUGACUUCUACAACCAGAUACAAGAAAGCAGAGCAAAUGUUUGGAGAGAUGGAAGUCUGGAAUGCAAUAUCAGAACGUGACCGUCUUGAAAUUUAUGAAGAUGUUCUGUUUUUUCUUUCAAAGAAGGAAAAGGAACAAGCAAAGCAGUUACGAAAGAGGAACUGGGAAGCCUUAAAAAAUAUACUUGACAACAUGGCUAAUGUAACAUACUCUACAACUUGGUCUGAAGCCCAGCAGUAUUUGAUGGAUAAUCCAACAUUUGCAGAAGAUGAGGAGUUACAGAAUAUGGACAAAGAAGAUGCAUUAAUUUGCUUUGAAGAACACAUUCGGGCUUUAGAAAAGGAAGAAGAAGAAGAAAAGCAGAAGAGUUUACUCAGAGAAAGAAGACGACAGCGCAAAAAUAGAGAAUCUUUUCAGAUAUUUUUAGAUGAAUUGCAUGAACAUGGACAGCUACAUUCUAUGUCAUCCUGGAUGGAAUUAUAUCCAACUAUUAGUUCUGACAUUAGAUUCACCAAUAUGCUUGGUCAGCCUGUUUUUUCAUUAGGAUCAACUGCACUUGAUCUUUUCAAGUUUUAUGUUGAGGAUCUUAAAGCACGUUAUCAUGAUGAAAAAAAGAUAAUAAAAGACAUUCUAAAGGAUAAAGGAUUCGUAGUUGAAGUGAAUACUACUUUUGAAGAUUUUGUGGCAAUAAUUAGUUCAACAAAACGAUCAACUACAUUAGAUGCAGGAAACAUCAAGUUAGCCUUCAAUAGUUUGCUAGAGAAGGCAGAAGCCCGUGAACGUGAAAGAGAAAAGGAGGAGGCCCGGAAGAUGAAACGGAAAGAAUCUGCAUUUAAGAGUAUGUUGAAACAAGCUGCUCCUCCAAUAGAGUUGGAUGCUGUCUGGGAAGAUAUCCGGGAGCGGUUUGUAAAAGAGCCAGCAUUUGAGGACAUAACCCUGGAGUCUGAAAGAAAAAGAAUAUUUAAAGAUUUCAUGCAUGUGCUUGAGCAUGAAUGUCAGCAUCACCAUUCAAAGAACAAGAAACAUUCUAAGAAAUCUAAAAAACAUCAUAGGAAACGUUCCCGCUCUCGAUCCGGGUCAGAUUCAGAUGAUGAUGACAGCCAUUCAAAGAAAAAAAGACAGCGCUCGGAGUCGCGUUCAGCUUCGGAGCAUUCUUCCAGUGCUGAAUCUGAGAGAAGUUACAAGAAGUCAAAAAAGCACAAGAAGAAAAGUAAGAAGAGGAGACAUAAAUCUGACUCCCCAGAAUCAGAUACUGAGCGUGAGAAGGAUAAAAAAGAAAAAGAUCGGGAAAGCGAAAAAGAUAGAACUAGACAAAGAUCAGAAUCAAAACACAAGUCACCUAAGAAAAAGACUGGGAAAGAUUCUGGAAAUUGGGAUACUUCUGGCAGUGAACUGAGCGAAGGGGAAUUAGAAAAGCGCAGAAGAACCCUUUUGGAGCAACUGGAUGAUGAUCAAUAAAUUAUACCAAAUAUAUGUUUACAGUAUGAUUUAAAGUCUAAUUCAGUCCAGGGAUUCUAUUUUAAGUUCAGUUUAAAUAACACUGGGUUUUAAUUAUCACAGAAAAAAAAGUGCAUUUAAGUAUUGUUAUUGUGGACUUUAUAAAAGCAAAAGAACUGAAAAUAACUUCUGAUUCUGUAUCAAGAAUCAUAUUUUCAUACGGUCAUACAGCUGUGUCUGUGACCCUUUUACAGGGCACUGCAGGGUGGAUUAAAGGUGGCAAUUUACUGAGAACUGCAGAUGUCUCUACUUUGUUCUGAAGUCAUGAGGUGAUUUGAUUUACUUUAUAGAAGUUGGAUUUUGAAGACAUAAUGAAAAUUUUUGAUAAUACAGUAGUACAAAAAAAGCACCAGCAACUGAUAAAACUGCUUUUUGUGCAUUACCCAACUGGUUAAAGCCAAUGUGAUCUUUUAUGGUGAGCUGCUAAGAAAUAGGUGUUUUUGAUGGAAACUUGGUUAGACCCUUUAAAACUACAGACUUGUGCUAAUGAGCACAUAUAAUAAAGCCACCAUUAUUUUUUAUGAAACAUCAGACUACAUUUUAAAAAGGCUAUGUGAGGGCAUUAUUUUGAGCUUCUAUUUUGAGGUAAUAUUUUUAAAGUUAACAUCAAAUCAAAUUGUAAAUUAGUUUAAAUAUAUUGCCUUAAGGACCUACUAAAGAAUGUGCCACCAAACUUUAAGUGAUAGUUGCAAUAUCCUUGUCUAAAAAGAAAAUCAAUGUUGACUUAAACAUUCUUUAACAGUUGUCUUGAUUUUUUUUUUUAAACCAAUUUUUUUUCCACUGAGGAAGUCUUUUACCUUCCCUACUCACUGAGAAGUAUUGGCUUGGCUUCAUGGUACACAUUCUAAAGCAUUUCUGAUUUGAAUAUUUUUGUACAUUUUUAUCAAUUAUUAAACCUUCUCUUCUAGUGUGUACUAGUAUUUAUUUCUACUUAAACUGCUUAGCACUAAAGAAAUUGUAUGAUCAUUUUGAGAUACUACGUCCCUGAGAUUGUGCUUCGUCUUACGCACAGUUUCCCUCUUGUAAGAAUGUGACAAAUCCUUACAUUCGAGAUCCUUAGGUUUAUUUUUCACUUGUGAAUUUCCUAUGGAAUAUUUUAGAGAGGCAAUGGUUUAAAGAUAGAAUACUCCUUACAGGCCAACUUUUAAAGUUGGUAAUGUAAUUUAUACUAUUUUCCUUCAGUGCAGGAAUUUUUUUGUUUUUGCUUUUUUGUUUUUAAUAAAUUUUAGUGCAUAGUCUUUGGAAUUAUCUUUGUUAUUUUAAUUUUGUCAUUUUCAGAGACAGUAUUUUCUAUUGGGAUUUAGAACAAGAAGUUUUCCCCUCACCAUCUUUAGUUUGAUAGUGGACCUGAGCAGGAUGGCAAUUUGUUCCUCAAAGGGAAUGUAUCCAAGUGUCCAAUGUUUAAAGGCUGAUGGGGAAAAGUUGUUACUGAACUUGGCUGUCAUUUUUCUCUAUGAAGUAUGACAUGCCUUUGUAGAAAGAAUCAUUACCUUUAAGAAAACGUGAUUGAAUGGUUUGCUUGAGAUUAGCCUUCUGUUGUAUAUUAAAGUCCAAACUUAACAGCUUGGGCAAUAGUGAAUUGCCUCAUCGUAAUUUUCAGAAGUCUUGUUGUAAUGAUAGUUAAGAUUGCUAAUCAUGUCAGACUAAGACAUGGAAGUCAGUGAUCAAGUUUUCAAUAUGCAUAUGAUACUGGGAGAUAUACUAGUAAGAAAAUAGAAUCUGUAAAACAUUGUUUUAAUUAUUUCCAUGAAUGAUUUUAAGUAAAACCUUAAAGUUUUGAUUUUUCUAUUUAAAUAAAAAGUUAUUGAUAUGUUUUAGCAUGUCCUUAAAAUAGAUUUCUGUAUUUCUUAUAAUUUUAUCACAGCCUAAAUCCCAGUUACAAGACAGUAAAUUCAGAUAGCUGGGUUUGAAAAUCAUCUGAUCUGAAAACAAAGGGUCAACAAUUUGCAAAACAAAAUUUAAAUCCUUUCUACAGAAAGAUUAAAUGAAAUGACUGUAACCCUUUGGCUUCCCUUAAUGGUCCAGUCAAUGGAUUUUAGUGGCUGGAAUCUUACCAGGUUGGUAGGAAGAUUUUGUUCCCUAUGAAUACUAUGUACUUAAUAGAUUGUAAGUCUUCAGUUGGGUAAAAGCUGAAAUAGCUUACAAAGUUGAUUAGUGUUGAGCAGAAAUGUUCAGACAGAAAAGCAUGUUUAGUUUCCAGGGGAAUUUAUGUUUCGUAAUGAAUACUCAGGCUGUUUAUCCCACAUCAUCGUUAAUAGUACCUAAUGCAUGAAACUCACUGGUGUUUGAUACUGUCAAAAAAUAGGGAUCUUAGAUAUGAGAUAGCUUACAUUUUCUUUCAGUUCAUAAUUCAUGGGGAAUGGAAUUUGUAUUUACAGUUAGAUAAUUUAGCCAAUCACGUACAAAAAAUGUGUGCUCUCCCUUAGUUGAGUUUAAAUAAUGGAGCCAUUUAAAUAAAAAAGCAAUGGUAAUACCAUGACAGUUUUUUCAACUUAGUGGCUAGCAUUUUGCGAUUACCCAGAGUAGCUUCGUAAUACAGAUUGUUCAUGUUUCUGGACAUAAAGUACGUUUUAUACCUCCCAAUUUGGCAAUCAUCAAGUUAUUUGACUUUGCAUAAGUAGCCCUCACAGUAAAGGAGGAUUAUCCUGAAAUAGAGCAGUUAGUUUAUAACAGAACGGUAAAGCAACUACAAAAACUCCUUGAAUAUCUUCUGUUUCUAGAAAGCAAUUCAAUUAAAAUAGCUUAAUUCAAUUAAAAUUGCAAAUACCAGUUACACUUUUAGGAGCAUUUACCUAGAAUUCUGACUUUCUUGCUAGGGAGCCAUUUUCACUUUUGCCACUGGAAAAGAAUGACUCCUUUAGAAAAAGAAUUUUUAUAAAGGCUGUGGGAGAGAGGACAGUGCUUAAUGAAAUAUUGCACAGGGAAGAGGGUGAUUGAUACCUAUUUUUUAUGUUUCUAGGCCAUUAGGUUACAGAAUCCAAAUGCAAAUUCUAGAACUAAAAUGCUAGCUGUUAAAUCUUAAAGCAGUAUUUCUGAAGAUAAUUGGAGCAAAAUGUAUUUUAUGCCUUUGUGUUUAAAAGAGUGUGAACUCUUCUAUCCAGAUAUGACUGGCCCAAAGUCUGGACCCAUGGCCUUUCCUACACAGAUGCAAGUGACAUCCUCCACUGCUUUCCCCAGGCUCAGUAGCAGGAGCGUAAGUGAGGCAGCUGGGACGUAAAGCAGCACCCAUAUGGGAUGCGUUUAUUGCAGGUGGCAGCUGGGUCAUUGUAUUACCACAAUGUGGCCCCCUAUAAUGUGCUUUUAUCUUAAAUCUGAGACAUUCUGUUUUCCUUGAGGUUUGUUUUUUUUUUUUUUUCUCUGUCUCAGUAUCAGGUUGAUUUUGAUUUAGCCACCUUAGAUUCUCUAUGUAAAGUCACUGACUUGCAUAAAGGAAAAUGUUAUUGUCAUGGAAUUGUUCUAGUAAGCAUAUGAGACUUAUCAUUCUUACCUUCAUUUUUCUUACCUUGUUCUCUUCGUUGGUGUAAAAAGUGGUCAUAGAAGUUC